AUGGGUCUGAGCUCCUCCAAGGCGCACCCCAAGGUGACCAGGGUGGCCCCAGUGCCCACCCGGGGGGAUGUGCCCAUUCUGAGUGUCCUGCAGGGGCUCCCCAGAAAUCCAGGACAGCCCAGCCCACACCCCACAGUGCCCAUCUUCCAGCUGGAGCUUCCACCUCUGCGGGAGACCUGGUACGGGAGAGCCUCUGCAGGGCCCCUCUCUCUGAACACCUUGCCAGGAAAGGAUGGAAGCAGCAUCAUCAAGCAGCAUCCACCCCGAAGGCCUCAAAGGCUUGAACCUGCCUUCCCUCCACAAGCAAUCACUCCUGUGAAGCCCUGGAGUCAGCGAGAAGUGGCUGCAAGCCCAAAACCAAAGGUGCUGGAGAAGAGGAAGCCAAACCCGAAUCCCCUCCCUGGCAGGAGGCAGCACUUGCACAAACUUCAGAUGUUGGAUUUGACCCGCAAGCGACGAGAGGGGGAGCUGAAGCGGAAUCUCCACAGGGAGGCGAAAAUCAAUGAGCAAAAAAUCAAGGAAUUGAGCCCCAAGGAUGUCCUUGACACUCCCCAGAGAGGUGACAAUGCCAGAAGCCCAGACCCCGUCCCUGCUGAGCACAAUCAGCAUUUUCCUGAAGACGUCCCUGGAAACACAUGGGGUGGAGGACUCCCCAGGCAGCCUGACAGGGCUGAACUCUCCCCAGGAAGGAAGGGGAAGGUUGACCUGUGGUUCUGCAGGGAGCCACGGAUGAGGGAUCUCUUCUGGGACUCCUCCAGCACAGGGUCAGAGGAAGAGGAGAGGGAAGAGAAGAUUCACCACAAACCCACGCUCGUGAGGACCAAGACAGAGAGAGUUUCCCUGUUUGAUGACUUCUUUGACAGGGAUUUCUAGUGGCAUGGCUUGGGGUGUGCCAAAGAAAUAAGCCCCAGGUCUGGAGGGGCUGGAGCCCUCCCAGAUGGAUGGGCUGAGGUUGGAGACAGCGCUGGCUGUACGUGGAAUUUCAGUGAGUAUGGGAAUUUCAGUGGGAAGGUUAUCUGCAAACAAGGAGCUGGCUGAUGUGAGGUGAACAAAAACCCUCUGUGUUGUGUGGCUGAAUCAAAACAUCUGAGGAAGAAAGCCUUGGAUAGAGCAACAGUGAAGUGGGGGUAGAGAGAGGAGGAGGGGGCUGGCAAAAAAAACCCAAACAAAACAACAGUAACAACAACAACAACAAAAAAAACAAACCAAACAAAACAAACAAACAAAACAAAACAAAAACAAAAAAACCAACAAAAAAAGCAAACCAAAACAAACAAACAAAAAAAAAACUACCACCCAAGCAGAGGCUGGGGAAAGUUUUGGGAUAAACUAAUCCCAAAUAUUCAGUGUCAACCGAAAUGAAACAUUUCACUUGCCUUUGAGUUACUCAGUCUUCCUGUUUAACUUGAAGUUAACCCUUUUUAAACCACAAACCCCAGUUCAAAAUGCAAGGUAAAAUGAUUUCUUUGGGAGGUCUUUAAAAUACAUAAUUUAGCAUACAUAAAUUACUUUUUGACCUUUGUGGCUUUUUUCUUUUUUUCCUUAUAUUUCCUCUCCUUC